AUGGCGCCACUAACAUCAUACCUACAGUUAGGUGAUAGACUUUCACAAAUAUGGAUUAACAAAUAUACAUUAAUGAUUCUUCUGGUCAUGUUCAAGUUUUUCUUCUUCUCCAAAUCCAUCCAGGGUGCCAUCAACACCUCAGAAACAUACGUUCUUUCAAACUGUCAAAGGAUUGAUACCAUUUACUCGAAAAUGUCGGAUGACACACCGCAUUACCUUGGUGUCAUGGGUAAUUAUUUAAUUGAUAAAUCAUUGGAGGGAACCAUGAAAGCCACCUUGGAGACUUUGAACUUGUUGGUCUAUGCCAGUGAAGAAGUGAUCACAUUUAUGAUCGACCUCUAUUUGGGUACAUACGCUUGUUUGGCAGUGAGUGCCAUUCAUGGCACUGUCGAAGUUGCUACAAAUACUACGGAAAAACUGCUAAGCGCUAUGAAUUCCACAGUCUCCACAGUAGCUAACGAUCUAGAUGAUGGGUUGGAUGGUCUUUCUAAAAUUAUUAACAAGAUAAUAUCGGCUGCCUCCAAGAUUGAAGAUUUUUUCACGGAUGAUGACGAUGAUGACAGUGAUCCUACCGAUAAUGUCAAGCAAAUAAAUUUAACCAUCUCUGCAUUAAGAAAUUUAUAUAUCCCAUCCUCCAUAAAUGACAAGUUGGAAGAACUCUCAGCUAAUACGCCCACGUUUGAUAAAGUUAAAAAUAUGACCAAACAAUUGGUUUCUGAACCAUUUGAUCAAGUGAGAAAAGAGAUUAAAACAAUAAAUACAACGAGUCUACUUGGAAAUAAAUCCAUGCUUUAUGUUCCACCGCUAGUAGAUAUUUCCAAUGGGACAGGAAUUUGUUCUUCUAAUAAACCAUUAAUCAAGGAAUCUUACAAGUUUCUCACUGAAGGAUUGAAGAUUACUACAACAAUAUUAAUUGUUCUGAUGAUUGUGGGUGCCAUUGCAAUGUUGGUCCCAGUGGCAUGGAACGAAUAUAGGUUAUGGACACGUUUAAGUGAAAUGCAAGAACAAUAUUUAAUAAGAAAUCCAAGUAACAAUUUGUAUGUUACCAGUACAACUGACGAUGAUGUGGACACUGAAUAUCAGAAUCCAUUUAAAGAAAAGAGUUAUGGGGAGAUGGAACAAUAUGACGUUAUUGCAAGCUAUCAAUAUUGUUUCCAAUCUUGGAAUACCAGGAUUAGUUCAUACGUUACCAAGCUAGUCACCUUAGGAAGGACAAGCAUUUCACCGACAGAACGCAAAAGGAUAGAAUGGGUGGUCGCUUAUAUCACUUCUGAGAGAGCUCUCUGUGUCUUGGGCAUUGGGCUAUUGGCCUUGAUCAUGUGUAUAUUUCAAUUUAUUCUCUUGGCUGUGCUCAAGCAUCGUAUAAAUUCCACAAGUGGGACAAAUUCCCUUUCCAAGUCAUUAUUGAACAGUUCCAUUACGGACACCAUGGUUCAAGAUCUUAAUACAUGGGGGGUCCAAACGAAUGACUACAUUAACUACACAGAAAGUUCCAUGAACAAGCAAAUAUUUGGAUGGAUUGACACGACGACGGUUUCUUUAAACAACACUGUGACCACGAUGAUUGACGGUAUAGACGACACAUUAGGUGACAUCUUCAAUGGGACAUUGCUUUACAACCCGAUGAAGACCGUAGUAAUGUGCGUCAUCGAGAACAAACUGUACGCCAUCGAAAAGGGACUCACGUGGGUCCAUGAUAAGGCCCAGAUAUCUAUCCCUAGGAUCAAUGGUACCGAAUUGCAAGAGACCCUACAGCGACAAGUUCAACAGAGCAGCAAUUCAACCACAUCCAGUGGUCUCAACAGCGCCAUGGCCGAGCUUACUCAGGACAUGAAGAAAGCCCUGAGCAAGAUACUUGAUCUGUACCACCACAUAGCGAUGCAAGAGCUGAUCAUCUCCCUGGUGCUCAUCGCCAUCUGGGCCAUCCAGUUGCCUGUGGCCUUCCUUAUUCUUCGAUGCGAGAAAUAA